AUGCAUGUGCAACCCAUCUUCAAUGAAGUUUAUGCCGUUCUCAACCAUCGACAAUACUUGCCUAUGAUUACUGAUGAUGAGCUUUCAAGAAAGUCUGUGCAUUGCCUUGCUGUGAAGACUGGGUUUGAAUUUGAUGUGUUUGUGGGGAGCUCAAUGGUUGACAUGUACGCCAAGUGUGGAGAAAUUGGAUAUGCUCGGAAGGUGUUUGACGAAAUGCCUGAGAAGAACGUGGUUUCCUGGACUGGGAUGAUAUAUGGAUAUGCUCAGUUGGGUGUGGAUGAGGAGGCUUUGAGACUAUUUAAGAAAGCUUUGUUUGAAAAUUUGGAUGUUAACGAUUUUACACUUUCGAGUGUUGUACGGAUUUGUAGCAAUUUGACGCUACUCGAACUGGGGAGGCAAGUACAUGGGUUGUGCUUUAAGACAUGCUUUGAUAAGUCAACCUUUGUAGGUACUUCUUUGAUUUCGUUGUACUCUAAGUGUGGAGUUAUCGAGGGAGCUUAUCGGGUAUAUGAUGAGAUCCCCGUUAGGAAUCUUGGUUUCUGGAAUGCAAUGCUAAUAGCUUGUGCUCAGCAUGCGCACACAGAUAGAGCUUUUGAGCUGUUUAAAGAGAUGGAAGGUGUUGGGAUGAAGCCAAAUUUCAUCACUUUUUUGUGUAUGCUUUAUGCUUGUAGCCAUGCGGGGUUAGUUGAAAAGGGGCGAUUUUACUUUGAGCAAAUGAAGGAGUGUGGAAUCGAGCCAGGGGAUCAGCACUAUACUUCCAUGGUGGACUUGCUUGGCCGUGCUGGAAAAUUGCAGGAUGCAGUUUCGAUUAUUAAGGAAAUGUCCACAGAGCCAACAGAAUCUGUAUGGGGAGCUUUGAUGACCGGGUGUAGAAUCCAUGGGGAUACUGAAUUGGCUGCCUUUGCUGCUGAUAAAGUCUUUGAGUUGGGUCCUGUGAGCCCAGGCAUACACGUGCUACUCUCUAACGCUUAUGCCGCUGCUGGAAGAUACAAGGACGCAGCCAAAGCCAGGAAGAUGCUAAGGGACCGGGGGAAGAAGAAGGAAACAGGUUUAAGCUGGGUUGAGGAGGGAAACAGAGUUCACGCAUUUGCUUCUGGGGAUAGGUCUAAUGCAAAAACUGAAGAGAUUUAUCAGAAGUUGGAAGAACUUGGGGAGGAAAUGGAGAGAGCUGGUUAUGUUCCAGACACGAGUUUUGUGCUUCGAGAAGUGGAUGGUGAAGAGAAAAAACAGGCAAUUAGGCAUCACAGUGAAAGACUAGCCAUUGCAUUUGGGCUCAUUAGCUUUCCACCUGAAAGGCCAAUCAGGGUUAUGAAGAACUUGCGUGUUUGUGGUGAUUGUCAUACUGCAAUCAAGUUUAUGUCUAAGUGCACUGGACGAUUGAUCAUUGUGAGGGAUAAUAACCGGUUCCAUAGAUUUGAGGAUGGUAAAUGCAAUUGUGGAGAUUAUUGGUGACAGGCAAACAAUUACAAGAGAGGUUUUUUUUUUUUUAUAUGACGUGAAACCGUUUAAGGCAAGGUCACUUCACGACCUAUCCUGGUUGGAUAAACCCUGGAUAUAUGACUCACCGUAAGGAUCAUGUAUGGGUUGACCAAGGACUCGAACAGCCGAGCUCGUAGUAUUAACCAAACGAAUCGAUCAUUUGAGCUAACCCUUCACAGUUGGAAUAUUUUUCCAAGUCAUUAUUUGUUAUCUUGUC